AUGGCUGGGCACUGUGGGACACCCGAGCCCAUCGUCAAUGGAAACGUCAAUGGGGAGAACUACAGCUACCGGGGCAGCGUGGUAUACCAGUGCGACGCUGGGUUCCGCCUGAUCGGCAUGUCCGUGCGCAUCUGCCAGCAGGAUCACCUCUGGUCGGGCAAGACCCCUUUCUGUGUGCCAAUUACCUGUGGACACCCAGGCAACCCGAUCAACGGCCUCACUCAGGGCAACCAGUUUAACCUCAACGACGUGGUCAAGUUUGUGUGCAACCCCGGGUAUGUGGCUGAGGGGGCCACUAGGUCCCAGUGCCUGUCCAGUGGGCAGUGGAGCGACAUGCUGCCCACCUGCAGAAUCAUCAACUGCACAGAUCCUGGGCACCAAGAAAACAGCAUUCGUCAAGUCCGUGCCAGUGGCCCACACAGGUUCAGCUACGGCACCACUGUGUCUUACCAGUGCAACCACGGCUUCUACCUCCUGGGCACCCCGGUGCUCAGCUGCCAGGGGGAUGGCACGUGGGAUCGUCCCCGCCCCCAGUGCCUCUUGGUGUCCUGUGGCCAUCCGGGCUCCCCACCCCAUGCCCUGAUGUCCGGGGACAGCUUUACCGUGGGAGCAGUCGUGCGUUACAGUUGCACCGGCAAGAGGACUCUGGUCGGAAAUGCCACCCGUAUGUGUGGGCUGGAUGGACACUGGACUGGCUCCCUACCCCACUGCUCAGGAACCAGCAUGGGAAUCUGUGGUGACCCAGGGAUCCCAGCACACGGCAUCCGUUUGGGGGAUAGCUUUGCCCCAGGCAGCCUGAUGCGUUUCAGCUGUGAGGCUGGCCACACACUCCGGGGAUCAUCUGAGCGGACCUGUCAAGCCAACGGCUCAUGGAGUGGCAUGCAACCUGAGUGUGGAGUGAUCUCUUGUGGGAACCCCGGGACUCCCAGCAAUGCCCGAGUCAUGUUCAGUGACGGCCUGGGCUUCUCCAGCUCCGUCGUCUAUGAGUGCCGGGAGGGCUACUACGCCAUGGGCCUGCUCAGCCGACACUGCUCCGUCAAUGGCACCUGGACAGGCAGUGACCCGGAGUGCACAGUCAUAAACUGUGGCGACCCUGGGAUUCCAGCCAAUGGCCUCCGGCUGGGCAAUGACUUCAGGUACAACAAAACGGUGAUGUUUCAGUGCGUCCCUGGCUACAUGAUGGAGUCACAUAGGGUGUCUGUGCUGAGCUGCACCAAGGACCGGACAUGGAAUGGUACCAAGCCAGUCUGCAAAGCUAUCAUAUGCAAGCCACCUCAGCUCAUCCCCAAUGGGAAAGUGGUGGGAUCUGACUUCAUGUGGGGCUCAAGCGUGUCGUAUGCCUGCCUGGAGGGGUACCAGCUGUCCCUGCCUGCAGUGCUCACCUGUGAAGGGAAUGGAUCCUGGACUGGAGAGUUGCCUCAGUGUUUCCCCGUGUUCUGCGGAGAUCCCGGCGUCCCAGCCCGCGGCAGGAGAGAGGACCGAGGCUUCUCCUACAGGUCGUCCGUCUCCUUCUCCUGCCAGCCCCCUCUGGUGCUGGUGGGCUCUCCACGGAGGUUUUGCCAGUCCGAUGGGACGUGGAGUGGCACCCAGCCCAGCUGCAUAGACCCGACGCUGACCAUGUGUGCAGACCCCGGCGUGCCACAGUUCGGGAUACAGAACAGUUCCCAGGGAUACCAGGUUGGAAGCACAGUGCUCUUCCGUUGUCAGAAAGGUUACCUGCUUCAGGGUUCCACCACCAGGACCUGCCUCCCCAACCUCACCUGGAGUGGAACCCCACCCGACUGUGUCCCCCACCACUGCAAGCAGCCAGAGACGCCAUCCCAUGCCAACGUUGGGGCCCUGGACUUGCCCUCCAUGGGCUACACACUCCUCUACUCCUGCCAGGAGGGCUUCUCCCUCAAGGGUGGCUCCGAGCACCGCACCUGCAAAGCAGAUGGCAGCUGGACAGGCAAACCACCCAUCUGCCUGGCAGAGGUCCGGCCGAGUGGGAGACCAAUCAACACUGCCCGGGAGCCACCACUCACCCAAGCUUCUGUUCCUGGGGAUGUUUUUGCCAAGAACUCCCUAUGGAAAGGGGCCUAUGAGUACCAGGGGAAGAAGCAGCCAGCCAUGCUCAGAGUGACUGGCUUCCAGGUUGUCAACAGCAAGGUCAACGCCACCAUGAUUGACCACAGUGGCGUGGAGGUGCACUUGGCUGGAAUUUACAAGAAAGAAGAUUUCCAUCUCCUGCUCCAGGUUUACCAGAUUACAGGGCCUGUGGAGAUCUUUGUGAACAAAUUCAAAGACAAUCACUGGGCUUUAGAUGGGCAUGUCUCCUCAGAGUCCCCCGGAGGCACCUUCAUCUAUCAAGGCUCAGUCAAGGGCCAAGGCUUUGGGCAGUUCGGCUUUCAAAGACUUGACCUCAGGCUGCUGGAGUCCGACCCCGAGUCCAUCGGCCGCCACUUUGCUUCCAACAGCAGCUCUGUGGCCGCCGCAAUCCUGGUGCCUUUCAUCGCGCUCAUCAUCGCGGGCUUUGUGCUCUAUCUCUACAAGCACAGGAGAAGACCCAAAGUUCCGUUCAAUGGCUAUGCUGGCCAUGAGAACACAAACGUCAGGGCCACAUUCGAGAACCCAAUGUACGACCGCAACAUCCAGCCCACAGACAUCAUGGCCACCGAGGCGGAGUUCACAGUCAGCACAGUGUGUACAGCGGUAUAGCCACCAGGCCUGGCUGCCACCGCCGCCCCCGAGAGCCCCGCCUCCGGCAGCCGUUCUCCGGGGACAGGCCGAGAGCCCCCUGAGCACAGCGCCCGGUGCCCAUCUUCGUCUGUCUCUCUGCCUGUGUCUGCUACUGCUGGG